GCUACAAUGGAUUCUCCUGCCGGCUUUGUGCACACUCGGAAUCCAGCUGUCGCCGCCCCGCGGAGCCCUGUGACCCCCGAAGACACCCAUUUCCGGGCCGCCCGUCACUCGGAGCGCAUUGGCAGCCAGCGUCCAGGCCGACCCCACAGUCGCUCCUGCCUUUGGGUGUCCGACCACCCCCAUUCUGUCCCCAAAAUGCCUGUGGACUUCAACGGGUACUGGAAGAUGCUGAGCAACGAGAAUUUCGAGGAGUACCUGCGCGCGCUCGAUGUCAACGUGGCUUUGCGCAAAAUCGCCAACUUGCUGAAGCCAGACAAAGAGAUCGUGCAGGACGGCGACCACAUGAUCAUUCGCACGCUGAGCACUUUUCGGAACUACAUUAUGGACUUCCAAGUUGGAAAAGAGUUUGAGGAGGAUCUGACGGGCAUAGAUGACCGCAAGUGCAUGACCACCGUGAGCUGGGACGGUGACAAGCUCCAGUGUGUGCAGAAGGGCGAGAAGGAGGGGCGCGGCUGGACCCAGUGGAUCGAGGGGGACGAGCUGCACCUGGAGAUGAGAGCCCAGGGUGUGAUCUGCAAGCAAGUAUUCAAGAAAGUGCACUGAGCAUCCUGAGAAGAUAGCCUUGCCUUGGUCUUGAGGAGUGAGUAGGAUGGACCUGUGAUCAGGAGUGCCCACCCCCAGCAUGGGGUGGAAAUGCGUAGUUGCCCAGGAUCUGCCAGCAGAGCCCAGCUUGCUGCCUUGUCUCUUUUCCUUUUCUUAAGAUGAAGCUACCCCGAAUAAAGGUGAUUUCUGUUUAA